ACACACACACACACACACACACACACACACACACACACACACACACACUUCUGUGAACUUUCCCUUUAACGUCGAGACUUUAAAAUGUACAGAGAAACACAACAGUUCAAGAAUGUGUGUGUGUUAGUGUGUGUGGUAGUUCCAGCUGUCUACCGAUAGGGGGCGGAAAGGCCAAGCGGUUAAUGGGGUGUUAGUGAUGAGGGUGAAGAUCAGGGGCUGGACUUGACUGAGGAAGAGGAGGAGGAGGAAGAGGAGGAAGAGGAGGAGGAGGCUGGUAGUCAUGCCUGUCUCCUCUGAUCCGUUCUACACACCAGAGACCACGCUGCUCUGACUCACGCGCACACACUCACCCAGGACUCCUCGUGGCUGAGCCCGGCCGGCAGCACGCUACACACCGGACCCGCACGGAGGCAGCACCGACCGGAGGAAGAGCUCCGGGGAAGCGGGCAGCGCAUUGAGGGAGAAGCGACUGGAGAGCAACGAUGUCGGGGCUGAAAAAGAGGAACUCGAACUCCCCGGUGGACCGGGAGGAGGACCCGCACGUCACCCAGAGGAUGCUGUCCCCGGGCGGGGAGAAGGGGGACGCCGGCGCGGGGCUCGACGACAAGCCGCCCGGGGAGGCUGCGGGCGCGGGGGGAGCGGAGGAAGAGGUCGGCCUGAAGAGGACCAUCACCCUGGUGAACGGCGUGGCCAUCAUCGUGGGUACCAUCAUCGGCUCCGGCAUCUUCGUGACCCCCACCGGCGUGGUGCGCGAGGCCGGCUCGGUGGGUCUGUCCCUGAUCGUGUGGUCGGUGUGCGGGGUGUUCUCCACGGUGGGCGCCCUGUGCUACGCGGAGCUGGGGACCACCAUCUCCAAGUCCGGGGGGGACUACGCCUACAUCCUGGAGGUGUACGGCUCGCUGCCCGCCUUCCUCAAGCUGUGGAUCGAGCUGCUCAUCAUCCGCCCGUCCUCCCAGUACAUCGUCGCCUACGUGUUCGCGACCUACCUGCUGAAGCCCGUGUUCCCCGACUGCCCGGUGCCGGAGAACGGGGCCAAGCUGAUCGCCUGCCUCUGCAUCCUCCUGCUGACCUUUGUGAACUGCUACAGCGUGAAGGCGGCCACCCGAGUGCAGGACUUCUUCGCCGCAGCCAAACUUCUAGCGCUCGGACUCAUCAUCAUCAUCGGCUUCGUCAGGAUCGGCCAAGGGGACACAGACGGACUUCUUCCAGAAAACUCCUUCGAAGGAUCCAAGUAUGAGUUCGGAAGCCUCGGCCUGGCUCUGUACAGCGGCCUGUUUGCCUACGGUGGCUGGAACUACUUGAACUUUGUCGUUGAGGAGAUGAUCGACCCUUACAGGAACCUUCCUCGAGCCAUCAUCAUCUCCCUGCCCAUCGUCACCGUCGUGUACGUUCUGACCAACCUGGCCUACUUCACCACGCUGACCCCGGAUCAGAUGCUGAACUCGGAGGCCGUGGCUGUGGAUUUUGGAAACUACUACCUGGGUCCGAUGUCCUGGAUCAUCCCCGUGUUCGUGGGUCUGUCCUGCUUCGGGUCGGUCAACGGCUCCUUGUUCACAUCCUCCAGGUUGUUCUACGUGGGCUCUCGGGAGGGUCACCUGCCCAGUCUGCUGUCCAUGAUCCACCCGACCCUGCUGACCCCAAUGCCCUCACUUCUGUUCACUUGUUUGAUGACGCUGCUCUACGCCUUCUCCAACGACAUCUUCUCCGUCAUCAACUUCUUCAGCUUCUUCAACUGGCUCUGCAUCGCAAUGGCUAUCGUCGGGAUGAUGUGGCUGCGCUACAAGAAGCCGGAGCUGGAGCGACCCAUCAAGGUGAACAUCCUGCUGCCGGUGAGUUUCGUGCUGGCCUGCCUCUUCCUCAUCGUCGUCUCCUUCUGGAAAACACCAGUGGAGUGCGCCAUCGGCUUCGGCAUCAUCGCCACCGGCGUGCCCGUCUACCUGGUGGGCGUGUGGUGGAAGAACAAACCCAAGUGGCUGCUAAAUGCAAUCGAUUCGACGACGGCCUUUUUCCAGAAGGUGAUGGAGGUCGUGCCUCAGCACUAGUGGAAGAGCUCGCCUUUAACUUCAGCCAGUGGCCUAUCAGAUCCAACGAACAGUGAUCUCCACUGACUCCCUUCACACACACACACACACAGACAC